UCAAGCGAUCAGCAUCUACACAUGAACUACAGGAUGCGGGUGCAGAAGGUAAUAUACGUCUUUCUCAUGGUGAACUGGGCUGCUUCUCACGCCAGGCAGGAGGAGAAGUCACUGGAGGAGAGGCUUGAACACGCCAGAGCUCUCCUUCAGGAAGUUCCACUGAUAGAUGGACACAACGACUUGGCCGUGAACAUCCGGGAGGCGCUGAGGAAUCGGCUUGAAGACUUCCCCUUCGAGAAGAACCUGACGGAGAUGGAGCCGUGGGCGUCGAUGGAGUUCUCGCAGACUGACUUGCCGAGGCUUAGGGCGGGUCAGGUCGGAGGGCAAUUCUGGAGCGCGUGGGUGCCGUGUGACUCUCAGUACAAGGACGCAGUCACUCAGACGUUCGAACAGAUAGACGUGCUGAGGAGACUCUUUGACAAAUAUCACGAAGAUCUUCAGUAUGUUACAACUGCAAAUGGCAUCGAGGAGGCCCACGCCCUUGGGAAGAUCGCCUCCCUGCUGGGCGUGGAGGGCGGCCACAGCAUGGACUCGUCCCUGGCGGUGCUCCGGGCCUUCUACAGGCAGGGCGUCCGGUACAUGACACUCACCCACAGCUGCAGCAAUCCGUGGCCAGACAGUUCUGUAGUCGAGGAACAGACAGACAGCAAGCAGCUAGAGUUCGAUGGUCUCACAGCCUGGGGAGAGCUCGUCGUAAAGGAGAUGAACCGGCUGGGGAUGCUGGUCGACAUCUCCCACGUGGCGUCCCCGACCAUGCACGAUGUCUUGGAUGUCACCCGCGCCCCCGUCAUCUUCUCGCACAGCGACGUCCGCGCCCUCUGCGUCAUCACCAGGAACAUUCCGGACGACGUGCUUAAGAGGCUGCCUGAGAAUGGCGGCGUCGCACUAGUCAAUUUCUACAGCUACUUCCUCUCCUGUUCGGGCGACUCGACCAUCCAGGACAUCGUAGACAAUAUCAACCAUAUUCGAAACGUCGCGGGAAUAGACCAUGUUGGCAUCGGGAGCGAUUUUGAUGGCAUCAAUUCCGUCCCCGAAGGCCUGGAAGAUGUGAGUAAAUACCCCUAUCUAUUCGCCGAGUUGCUGUUGGAUCCGCGCUGGACCGACGAAGACCUCAAGAAGCUGGCGGGUCUGAACGUCAUCCGGGUCCUGCGGGAGGCCGAGAGGGUGCGCGACGAAUUGGCCGGCGAAGUUCCCUGGGAUCAGUUCAUCCCUCCCGAGGACACCGAAGGACACCUCAACUGCUCCAAUCCCUGGUCUUAGAGGCGGCAGUUGUCAGAGGGCAAUGAGAUAUUUCCAUUGCAUACCACUUUAAUAGUAAAAUGUAUACAGAAAA